AUGUCGAAGAGAAGAUCAGCAAAAACGGUGACUUCCGUGAAAAGUAAAAAAUUAAACGACGAAAAUUCGUGGCAAGAAGCAUUGGAAUCGAUAGCAAUUAACGAUGAUCAUUGGUGGUGUGUAGUAACUAUGAUGAUCGAGACUAAGUGUAAUCAUGCACGAUUCGUAUCGAUGUUUAACGAAGCUGCGGAUGAGGGAAAACGAAAAUCAAUUUAUACCCUUAACCGUCAAAAAAUGUUAGCUAAUGUUUGGUCCUUGUCUAGACAGGAUCCAGAUAAGUGUCCAGUAUUACAACGAGUUUGCCAUCAUGCCAACAAACUGUUUGAAGCUAAUAUUGAAUCUGCUUGGUUGUUAGCACGUGUUAUUAAAUAUAUGAUCUAUCAAGCUAAAGUUGAUGUUAGAAUGAAAAAGGAACAGGAAUUGAAACGAGCUAUUGAAGAUGAAUAUCGCAUAAUGCAAACUGUUACUAAUCCAAGUACAUCUAAAAGUAUUCCAAAAAAGAGUGCCACAGAACAAUCGUUGAGAGGAAAAGCUAAUACGCGACUUAGAAAACGUGAUGAGGAAUGGCGAGACAUAGUUUACGUUGAUGAUGCACCAUUUGACGGACCUAAUCUCUAUGUCAUUUUAUCGGGUUUUCACGAUCCCGAUUUACCCAUAGAAUUAAUGAAUAUUGGCGUACCACUUACAUGUAUACUCAAGAUAAAACGACCCGGUGAAAAAUUGGAACGCGUUACAUUGCAUUAUCUUGAAGGAAAAAUUCAAGAUACCUUAUACGAUAGAAUGAGGUUACGUUUUACGAAAACUUAUACCGUAGACAAGGUCGAUUUAUAUAAAUUUUGGAGUGCAUUGAAGAAUAUCUUAAAAAAUCCACAAACCGUACAGGUAUUUUCUAACGUAGCGUUUCUUACGAUAAAGCCACCAAUUUUGUCGGAAACAUCCGAUGACCUUGAAUACGAAACUCUAAAGAAAGAUAUUUACGAUAAAGUAUCCUUUAUCGUGUACGAUCUUUACGAUCUUUUACGAAAGCAUUCCAAUUACCUAAGAAGCAUGUUAAUCCAGCGUUACGACAUAGAUGAGAUGAAAGAAAUCGAUGCUAAAGUCUACCGUGCAAUUCUCGAUGCAUUACCAACGGAAUGCGUAACUGUGCCAAUAUUACUUCAUGCUCUUUUAAUACAGGUCGAAGAUAACUUAGACGUUCUAACAGAUCGAUCUUUAAACGAGCAAAACGUUUCGGCAAAGGAGAACAUCUAUGAAAAGAAAACGAUAGAAGAAGAUGUUGAAGAUGUCGAAGAAGAAGAAAAAGUAUCAAUUGAAAGUAUCGAUGACAAAGAAGAUUCUUGGGUUAAUAAAAGAUUGAAACUUCUCAACCAAAAGUACAAAAUUACAACGAAUAAAAAUGUCAAUGAAGAAAAUUUAAACGAUUUAACGAUUCAAUUGAUACUUCACGGUGAUAAGUUGAGUUUAAAUACUUAUCAUAUCAUUUUGAAUGAUGAUAUCAAGAAGAUGUUAAAAUUAUCCAAUGAUAUGACUUUGGCUGAUGCAUUUUUACAAAUUUAUCAUGAUCCAAGGAUAAUUGAUUGUUGGUUGAAUCAUGAAAAAUUAACUGAUAAGAAAAUGAAGGAUUACAAUUGUUAUAUAAACAACUUAAUCAAUUACUUUGAUCCUAGUGUUGAAAUCUGUCGAGAGAACAUUUAUCAUUACUUGCAUUUUUUGAUAUUCGACAAGAUGAUCUAUGGCAAUUCGUUGGAUAAAAAAUCAACAAAUGAAAAGGAUCAAAUGCUAUCAGUUAUUUCUUGUUUACAUUCACCAACUGCGUUCUUAAACUGUCCGGGUCUCUUUGGACUGACAGAUAAGAGAGAAAUCUUGCUACCAAGUUAUUUGGAGAAGAAUGUCUACGAGAAACGACGUAGAAGAAUGCACAGACUGAAAGAACCUCUCGAAGAGUACAAUGACGUUGAGUUACUUCCAAAAAAGGUUUUACUUCAAACAACCUACGAAUGUUUUCGAGAUUUCGAACAUUUCGAAAAAAGAUAUUUCGAACCGACGGAUUCCAUUUUAUUGUAUUUCAGUAACGAUUAUGUUAUCGGUGAAGUGUCUGAAAAAUUAUUCGUAUCUAACUUACGUACACCUGUCUGUUUACGAGAUUUUGUUAAAUACGUAAAUAAAGAAGAAAUUGAUUGGAUAAAUCGUGAAGAAGAAAAGUAUCGAUUAGAAUCGAUUGAAAGAAUUGGCAAAUCAUCGAUUGAUACGAUUACAUUUUCCAAAGAUUAUAAUCAAUUUAGUUUAUAUUUCGGAGACGAACAUUUUAUCUUACCGAAUUCUUUGAAAGCUCGUGAUUUGAGUAAAAAAUUACAAACAGUUUCUAAAAGAAAUGAUACGACGAGACAAGAUACGUCUGGGAGAAAAACGAAAGACUUAGAAAAAAAAAUUCCCAAGGGUAAUAGGGAGAAACAAAAAGGUGGUAAAACGUUGAGUGAAAAAAUCUCGUCUGGUAAAGGAAAAAAAGAAGAAACAAAUGGAAUCGACACUUCUUUUCUACCUAAGAGAAAGAUACUAUCGUUGGAGUUUGCCAAAGAGGAUGAACCUUACGAGUUCGUAGGCUAUGACCUCGGCAACUUGAGAGUUCAGAUUGUCGAGAAAAGAAAGAUUUUCUAUUCGGAGGACGGUACAUUCGUACGAGUGAAUCUAGAGACGUGGCUUUACGAGAACGUAGAUUUACGUAUUGCCGUUACACUUUCUGGUUGUACCUUACGUUUGUUCGAAAAACCUUUAGAUCCUACAAACUCUAACGUUUUUCAUCUUACAACCAACGAAGGAAACAUCCUUGCUUUUUACAAACAAAUUGAUCUUGAAAGAAAUAAAAUAUUUACAAUUUCUGAUACAACCUUGAACGAUUUUUAUUGGAAAAAUUUGGAAUGUGAUUUUCAUGCAUCCUGCCCAUCAGGAUUGACAAUUUUAUCAGUUACCGGAGAUGGCCCUGAUAAUCCUUUUUACAUUCGUCAAUCAUACAUUUCUAAAGGAGGACCCAAAGAUGUUUCUCAAGAAGCUUACCGAAAAUAUUUGAGGAAUGGUACGGUUUUGAAGUUUCUUCACGACAAUAGGGUCAUUGUGUUGCGUCCAAAUGGUGUUAUAGUAGAAUGCAUAUCGUUCGAGGAUACUAUAAUAACGGAGGAAAAGAAUUUGGAAGAAGGUACAGCGGACGUACGAACGGGAAUGCAGUAUGGAAGGAUCAAAGUGACGGGAUACAAUGUCCUGGAUCAUGAUGGUAGAAGGUACGAGGUGCUACGCGAUCUGAUUGUGCGCGAAUACGAUCGAUUACUGUUCAGAGAGAACUCGGACUACGAGGUAGACGAAAAUUUCACGCGACGCUCUGACGGCACCGACAUGCUGUUCCAUUCCAAUGGGAAAUUGAUCGUCCAUUUCCCUGAUGGUACUCGUAUAACGACCGGUUAUAAGAUCGAGGAACGACCUUUGAUCUGCGAUUGGACGAGAGACGAGUUUGAACGAUACUUCGGAUCGAUCAAAUUAUACGAACACGAUGAUCGACUUUUCCAAGUAAACUCUCGAAACUAUUACAGCAAUAACUAUGAGAAUGGCAUGGACAAAGUCAUUGUAGUUGACAACAGCAACAAUGACAAGAAAUUUCUUUGGCAGAAGGGUGAACCCUUAAACGAUGAAAAUCGAUACCAAGAUGAAAUGACGAGGAUAUUGAUCGCGGACGGCUUUGUCUCGGUCCUAUUGACUUCCACGUUCGAGCACAAGAACUACGCCAGUGUAUCCUACGAUCAGUCAGCAGUUAGUUGCACUCUAUCGAUGCCAAACGAUCUUCGAGUCAGCAUAUCACGAAGAGGUCAUUACGAAGUUUCGGCACCGGGCAAAGUUAAUCUCAAGAUAGAAUCGGAUAAAUUGAUCUUCAGUAGCGAGAUGUGUGCCACCUGUGCCGGAAGGUCUACCUCCGUCUAUAACUUCAACGGCAGACGAUCCGAGCCAAUCGUUUCGACGAUCUUUACGAGCAAGGAUCUUUUCGGAAACGUUUUUGAGGUUAAAAGUGACGGUACGACGAGUUACCGUGGUAAAAAUCGCGAACGACCGUCAAGGAAAUUCGAUUUCAACGAGAAUGCACCGGAUGACGACGACGUAAUUUUGUCGAUUAAUCGCGAUCUCAAUGCUUACGAGUACCUUCAUCGAUCAAUUAGACAUCAAGAAGAGAUGAUCGUUCACCUUAAUAAGGAUGCAAGCGCCAUCUUCCCUCCGGUUUCAAUUCAUCGAUCGAACCUCCAUCAUCUGAUUACAUUUGUGCCUUUGGAAACUGAACUACGAUCAAAGGCAUUGUUACAAUCGCAUCAGAUUCCAAAAGUCAAACCGACGAACGCCGACAGAAAGGAUUUGGUACGUAGUACGUAUUCGAUUCCGUACGAUUGGCUCUUUCCAUUUGGCAGAAACGGGCAUGGAAUUUGCAACGAUAGAUACGACAUGCCGUUGGCCAAAACUACCAAGAGACGCCCACCUAGAACUCUGCGGCUUCGUAUAUUGCAUGGUUUCAAAGAACCUGGUAGAAACGCCAUAAUCGAUUUACAGAAAGCUAUGGCAUCGUAUUGGCGAUACUUGGUUGGAAACAUCGACGAAUGUCAAAGAUCUUUGAACGUCUACGACGGUGUUCAACCUAAACUCGAAGAAGACGAUUACAGAACUUGGAAAGAUAAUAUCAGAGAGUUCGCCCUUGGUAUACGAACGAAUAUUGACGUAGCGACUUAUCUUGAUAGUUUGCAAAGAUAUCGAAGAGAACUAAGUAUGCCGAAAUUAGAAGUAAAAUCUAAAAAAUUGUUCGAGAUGUUGAAAUUGAGAAAAGCGAAUGAAAUUCAAAUCGAAUGGCAUAAACGUUGCAUAAGGGAGAAUAUUAUUUUGCCAUAUUUCGAAAACGUUAUUGAUUUUACAUCAGCGGAUGAUGGAAAUGAGAAUCAUCCUUGCGAACCGUGUUUCAACGAGGCUCGCAUAUUACGCAGGAUUGAUACAUAA